CUCCAAUUCUCUCUUCCUCGCUCACAUCAACGACACAAAACAUCUUUUCCGAAGCUUCUUAUUAUUAUUACUGUUUUCAAAUCGUCAAUGGUUCUUAAAAACCUUUGAUCGACAAGACAAAACACAAUUCUUACACUCUCGGUCAACACAUUUGGAAGCAAAACUCUGCCUUAUGAUUCACCGGAAACUGUUAUAAAAUCCGGUGAGUUUUUUUUUUUUAUUCUUUUUCUUCCGUUUCAAUUCUGGAAAUUUUUCACCUGGGUCGUGAUUCGAUUGUUCGUUAAUGGUCAUCGAGAUUUAGUCAACGAUCUGGGUUCGAUCAAAGUCUUUACCUUUUUUUUUUUGGUUAAAUUCCCACUGAAGAGAUUUUUUUUGAUGAUCCCACGAGUUACUAGUCUCUCUAAAUCUGAUCUGGGUAUGCUUAAUCUGCCACAUUGUUUGGUCUCGAGCUCUGUGGAUUUGAUUGUAUCAUGAAAAGUUAUCCCUUUGGAUCGAGUAAGGCGUUUCAUGCGUACUCUAGUAGAGGUAGCGACUUCGAUUUAGAAUCAGGAACCAUCAGAAAAUCUAGAAAGCCUAAGAAUUCGUUUCCCAAAAUGAUCAAAUCUCUCGGGACUCGUCUUCACCACUUGUUCAAACUGCACCCGGUUCUAGUUUCCAUCGUUUGCGUCUCGUUCGGGAUCACGGUUCUGAUACUUGUGUCGUCGGUUUACGAGAGCCGUAUUGGUUCAGCGGUUGCUUAUUAUAAGAAGAGUGAUUUGGAUGGGGAUGGUUACCCGUUUGCUAAUCUGAAGAACCUUCUGAUGGUUGCUGGACAUUCUGUUUAUACGAGUAGUGAUUGCGGUAGAGUUGAUAAGGAGGAUUCGUGGUUCUUGGAGUCCUAUCAGAAGAAUCCUGGUCAGGCUGCUACGUUCUUGAGUCAUAUACAAGAAGGUGUUGAUGCUGCAGCUAAAGAUGAUGAUUCUUUGCUUUUGUUCAGUGGAGGAGAGACUCGUAAGGAUGCUGGACCUCGUAGUGAAGCUCAGAGUUAUUGGGCUGUCGCUGAGUCUAAAAGAUGGUUUGGCAAGGAUGAGGUGAGGCCGAGGGCAUUGACGGAAGAGCAUGCCAGAGACAGCUUUGAGAAUCUUCUCUUUAGUGUUUGUCGAUUCAGAGAGCUCACAGGGUCUUACCCACAGAACAUAACAAUAGUGAGUUAUGAUUUUAAGGAGGAGAGAUUUGCGCAUUUGCAUCGUUCAGCAAUGGGAUUUCCGGAAUCAAGAUUCUUCUAUUUAGGAACUCCGGCUACUCUAUCAUCCAAGGAAGGGGCUCUAAAAGGCGAGGCUAUGGUUAGAUCUCAGUUUCAAGAAGAUCCAUACGGGUGUGUUGGUUCGCUUUGGCGUAAGAAGCUGAAGCGUGACCCUUUCCACAGGACUAUACCUUACCCUAAUGGCUGCCCUGAAAUUGCAGGAUUGUUCAAGUAUUGUGGUUCAGCUCCUUUUCCUGGCUCUCUCCCAUGGGAUUCAUCUGUAUAAGAUCUAUACUAUACUAGACUUGCUUAGAGGAACCAUUACUUGAAACUCUUUUUUGUUUUUGUUACUUUCCAUAAAUAUUUAUACAGAGAAAACUUCAGAAUCUUUUUGUAUUCUGCUUUCAUGUGUUGUCAGAAACGAGAAUUUUACUUGUAUCAAAUGCGAUUGACCUAAAAUAAAAUUUUGACAUUUCCAUC